UAUAUACUAAACACUGUCCAUCCAGGAUCAAUCAUGGGUAUCGUUUUAAUAUUGACGAAGACCAUAGCUCCAGCUAACCGGCGGCGGCGGCGGCGCUGAUCCCUGAAACGAAGCAUCUUGUUGGGCCUUUUUUCAGGCGUGUGGUGUGUCUGAUGCGGGGGAGCACUUAGCCAGCGGCCAUGGUCUUAGCAGUGUGGGGGAUAGCAUCGCUGUGCGGGCUGCAGACCAGACCAGGAACUCGCUGUUCGGUUGUGUUGCAGAGUCCUAUCCUAGUUGGCGGCCGGAGCUGGUAGUCGGCAGUGUAAGGGUCACGUGGUGGUGAGGUCAUCCAUGGAUGUUAGUCAGCGUUGAACUUCUUUGACAACCUCUAGCUAUAACGCAAAGAUGCCGGUAAUAGGACACCAGGAAUAUCAUGACAGAUUGCAGAGAAUCCGCUUGUAUCUGGGAAUGCUGAUUCAUUGGAUGCAAAUAACAGCCCCCGAAUAUAGUUAAUACUCCAGCUCCAUCUUGGAAGAAGAGACUUUUCACCCUCCUUUCUCGGUCUGCAUCCGAGUCAAACUCACAUAGCCGCUGGAAUAGAUAUUGGGUAUAUACCCUGUUGAAUGUCAUAUCACCCUGUGGAGUGAUAUCCGAAUUGCGCCAUUAUUGUAUUCGGAUGAUUUGGAGAUAUCAAGCUACGCCUUUCUAUUUUCAGCACGGACAGAGUGAUGGCAGCCUUCAAAGCCUGCAUCUCGGUUUUUGUUCUUCCCAAAAAUGGAACUUUCGACUGGCAGCCAUAGAAUAUACUAUGCUAGCGUGUGGAAUUGUUCUGUGUAUUGCCCCUGGAAUACCAAUCAAGGUGAUUGGUAGAUGGUUGGAAUAUUUUUGAUUCCUGUCUUUCGAAUUCUGCCCAAAUUGCUCAUGUUUAUAUAAUAAUUGCUAUUAUAUCACUUGAGCUGGCGGAUUAUAGAUAUUUCUGAAUAUAGAUCCCAAUUUUGAAUAUUCACACAAUGGGAUAUGUCGACAAAGCAAAUAUUCUUUUCAAAUUGAAUUAGCUGAAAAGUUCCAAUACGUUCAUUCACCAAAACUAUGAAGACCUUUAUUGAAGCCCAUUGUUGUAUUCAAUCUGGUCGAUGGUGGAUUCAUAUACGCCAACAAUGGGUCAGGCCCUGAAUCUAGCAUUUGCGGAGUGCUCUGAGGAGUUGGGUGAAAGGACUGUCAAUCCUUGGUAAUACCGUUGAUACCGUUGAUUUGAAUAGGAGCUUUUGGUUGAUUUCCAUGUUAUACCAGCAUUUUUAUACAACUCAUACUAUAAAGAACUGUUUGAAUCAGGAUCAAGCUUAUCUCUGUUUUCUGCGGUGGCAAACCCCUUGUUACAUGCAGAGACUGUCAACCUUCAAUAUCCAGGUGCGUAAUUUUUUCGGGAUUUGUUUAUUGCUUGGAGUAUUGUGGGCUUGAAGCUCACCAGUUGCAGCUUGCUAUCGUGCGCCGUGGCAACCGAACAACCCUCGUGGUUGUUGACGUUGACACACGUUUCCGCCGUUCCAGGGACCCGUAAGCUCCAGCAAACUACUCUAUCCAGCAUGGAGAGUCAAUUCAGCGGAAGGGGUUAUUCUGAAUACGAAAAUGUUCCUAUUGAGGGUAUUCGGGGCCUUGAGAUCGACCACAACAGAGCCCAUCACCUGCACGGAGCAACAGAUACGCUCUCCACACCACAGCUUACUGCCCGGAACCCUUACUUCCAGUCUGGUGCAUCAAGUGCAUCCGUUUACUCUCAAUCUUCAUCUGGCUCUCCAACCAAAGACACCUUUCGCCUACUAACGCGUGAAAUCUUGAACAAUCCACUGUUAAAGUCAGUAGAAAAUACAGGAAAACCUGUUUUGACGCUUGAACCGGAAAAGUUUAACCCAAUCUGCUCUAUGGAGGUGCCGAUCGUAUACGACAACCACUCUUCAUAUAAUAGUGCGGGCGAUUCCAACCCUUCUGGAGAAGGACGCGAAAUAAUGUGGCCGUUUGAGCCAGAGACAUCUGAAGCCACGCCAGGAAUUCCGCCAAAGGCAUUUUCAUACCCCGUUGAUACAAAUCAAUACAACAGACGCCUCCCUAUUUCCAAGUCAGAGGGGAGCAAUGUCAAGUCUCUUGAUGGCAAUACGAGCUAUGACGACAUGCCAUGUAGAGGAGAUCAUUAUUGCCCCGACUGGAAUCAUUCAGCAAAUGUGUUUCCCGGACGCCAGAAACAGCGAUCUGGGUCCCCGGAUAGAGGGCGUGGCAGAGGGAGGUCUUUGUCUCCCGUGAAGGUCCUUGAGGACCUUGACGAAAAUUCACCACUCGAGUUUCUGCCAAGUCCUAUGAAGAGGGCUCGAUCACCGCAUAAAAAACUGUUUGGAGAAAACGGUUGGUUGGGUCGUAGCCCUUCUUUGAAGGAAAGCUCUUCUGAAAAGAACAAAAGGCCUGGUUUUAAGUCGCUUGGUGAAAAGAUCAAACAGCGGGUUGAGGAUAUCACAGGGGAUGCUAAGAAAUCCAAGGAAAGGUUUCAAUCGACGUUCCCCAUUUCCCUGGACCCUCCAACCCAGGCAAAAUUAUACUCUGAGGUAGAGCUUAUGAUAUGCGUGACAGCCAACAAGUUCCUCCUCGACCAGCACAAGGAGGGUCGCAUAUCGGUGGAUUCAGUUACCAAAGUUACCAAUUUCUGGGCUUCAAAGAAUCGUCCGCAGGUCGUACAGUUUCAAUUCGACCAGCUCACCCAGCGUGAUCUCGUCAUCUACAACCUACGGACGUUCAAAUUUCAUGGCGAAUGUGCACAGAAUGUGGUUGCUCUCAAUGCGACCUUGCGCAAUUGGAAAGCGAUCGCCAAGGAGAUGAGUGUUCGUACCUUCUGCACUCCAGAUAGCGUCAUUAGAAAACAUAUGCAUGAUACACACAAGAUCUUGGAGAUGCUCGGGGCGCCGCUUGUCACAUUCCUCGCAUUUCAGGAACUUCAAGUCAACACGCUUUCGCUGAUGAAACGGGAGCAAGAGAAGAAGAUGCAAGGAAAGGGGCCGCAUGGGGUGACGAGGGAGUAUCACCCUCCCUCCCUAUCUCAGCGUGAAAACGAAGACAGAGGAAGGGUUCAUGGAGAACACCGAGAGUGAGGGCAUCUAAAAGAAAAAGUAAACAACGAGCAUUGCUUCAUCCGAAUGUAUAUUCGUUCUGCUUCUGUCUGCGGGUGUAUAUCUUGCACGGAGUUGGCAGGGCUUCGUUGAUGUGUUUGCUGGUUUUAAGCGCCUAAAUACUUCUUUCCUGUUGUUUCUGGCGAUCUGUAUGAACAUGAUUAUUUUUGUUUUCUCGUUUUCAAAGUGUUUGCGACGAGUAAAGUAAUAAUUAAUAAUUUUUUAAAGAAUAUAUACUGAUUCCUCC